CUGAGUACAACUGUGUCAAUUUAGGUGUAGGAAUGAAGCUCGUGCUUUCAGAGUUUAUAGUGGAUAUCAAGGCGGAUUUAGGCGGUCCAUAGCAACCUACUGACCUGAGUUUUGCUGAGCGCAUUAUUUGACUGCGAAUAGCCUAGGCUUACAUGACAUUUUAUGGAAUUUCUACAUUUUGAAUAUGACUAGGCCUAUAGUUAACUUUAUUUCACAUUCAUUAAUUUGCAAGUAUGUAUUUAUGGUAGGCUAUUUAAAGCUCUGAGCACAUCAUGGACACCAAUAGAAAGUGGCAGGAGAUGACUUUCAGCAGAAUGCCUAUUACAACUAUACUUGAAAGGGCACGCACCUCAAACUGUGACAGCAGCGCGCAAAAUGAAACUAUUUUGACAGUGUGUUUCCGGUGUCCUGGAACGCACCCUGUCUGGUUGCCGGGCAGAUUAGCUUGUUGGGAGAUCGAUGUUCACCCGCACCUGUAUCCCAUCAGUAAUCUGCACACCUGUCCUGAUCAUCACCUCUCCCCUUCAAAAGCUCUGACCUGACAUCCAUUCCCUGCCGGAUCGUUAGCCAUGAACAGUAUGUUGUGCCAUAGUAUCAGCCUCAAGUUGGAUAGAAUUUGUUUUGUUGUUUUGUACGUCUAGCUUGCCUUCAACUUACCUCCGUUUGUUCUGUCUUCAGUUACUCACCCGGAUCAUUUACCCCAUUCCCGCCUGGUCAUCAGAGGAUUCCGCUUUCCCAUUGGAUCCACCUAUUUACUCCCAUCAACUCACCACCGCUGCCCGCUACGCCACCUGGAUGUAUCUACCCACUCACAUUCACUUUGACAUCGAUCUGUGUCCAUGAUGCGCUGCCUCGUUCAGAAGAAAACAUACCUCGUCAUUUUAUCUCCACUGCUACUGUUCGCCCUCCUCCGCUACUGGACUCGAAGGGCCACCACCACUGUUGACUUGGGACCAGGCCAGAGCUACAAGGCACAGAAGGUUCUGAAGGAGAGGCUGCAAAAUGUCCAGAAUAGUUAUGACAAUAUCCCAUAUGUCCUGAAGGAAAGUGUGGCAGGGCGUCUGGCACUGAACGUGUGUGUGUGUGAGGCAGAUAAGAAGCCUGCCAUCGACCUGCCUUUUGCCCAAGUGCUGUUCCCCCGUGUCUGGGCCCAGGAUGACUUCCACACAGCCUUCCAGGAGGCAGAGCUGGCUCAGGUGAAAAGUCGCAGGCAGCAGGAGUACAACAGCUUCCAGCAGAGGUACCAGACUCCCGCAGACCUCCUUGUUAUAGCAGAAGCCAACAGUCCCCUACAGUACCCUACCCAGGGGGUGGAGGUUCGCCCUCUCAAGACUAUCGUUAUUCCUGGGUUGGGUCUGAAAGAAAAGCAUAGACAACUUCAUACAGUGAAUCUGACUGCUACCCUGGGGACAUUUGAUGUUUUAGCCACCGUAGACGGGGUCUCCAUUAGAGGACAGGGAGUGAUGCACAUGACUUUGUCCAGUAGACUCCUCUCCACUCUGAACAGACAGCUACAGUUUGUCACCUAUACCAACACCUUGUUCCACCCUAGGACGGCUGACACAGUGCAGUUUGAGACUGAUGGACACCAGUCCGUUUUUACCAUAAAGGUUGGACAUGCUGUUAUUCCCAAGCUCUAUCACUCAGGUUACACUGGAGAAUACAGCAUAAGCUCACUUGUCACCAUAGCUACCAAGACAUUUCUGCGUUAUGACAAACUGCAGGAUCUGAUUGACAGCAUACGGAAGUUCUAUCCCACCGUCACCAUAGUGAUAGCAGAUGACAACGAGCACCCCCAGCCAGUGAUGGGUCCACACAUUGAACAUUACAUUAUGCCGUUUGGGAAGGGUUGGUUUGCAGGGAGGAAUCUGGCUGUCUCUCAGGUGACCACCAAGUAUGUGCUGUGGGUGGACGAUGACUUCCUCUUCACCUCCAACACCAGGCUGGAGAAUAUGGUGGAGAUCCUGGAGAAGACCACCCUGGACAUGGUGGGUGGUGCUGUGAGAGAAGCUACAGGCUACACUGCUACUUACCGCCACACCAUCUCAGUGGAGGAAGGGGGUGAGGAGGGGGACUGUAUACACAUCAGAAAUGGAUACCAUCAUGUCAUUGAGGGCUUUCCUAACUGUGUCCUAGCCGACGCUGUUAUCAACUUCUUCAUGGGGAGGACAGACAAGAUGCAGCAAGUGGGAUUCGAUCCUCGUCUGAACCGUGUGGCUCAUCUAGAGUUCUUCAUCGACGGGCUUGGGAUCCUCCACAUAGCUUCCUGUGAUGACAUCAUCAUAAACCAUGCAUCUAAGAUCAAGUUGCCAUGGGGCAAGUCGCAGAGUGAGAAGGCCUACGUCAAGUUCCGCUACUCCUCAUCGGAUGCUGUCCAAAUCAAAAAUGCCCUUUUUUACUUCAAGAACAGACUCAAAUGCAUGUCUAGUAACUGAAACAGGCUCUACAAGCUAUCACUUGAGGUUUUAAAACUGAGGUUUUUAUUUUUGUUACACUGAGCAGCCAUUUUUUUGUCAUCACCAACAGAGGUGUCAUGCCCAUAGGGGGCAUGUUCCCCCCUCGGAUUAUAUUUUGUGUAUGUAAUUGUCGUUUCUCUGUAAUACUACUAGCCACCAAUGAUUAUGAAGUUGGCUUUAGCUAAUUCAGAUUGGGAACCUCUCCCCCAACCUCAUAACUAGCUAACAAUGAGAAGCCAUUUCAGGAUAUCAAUCAAGCUAGAGUAGCUGGCAUGCCUGCUGACAAGGUUCGUAUACUUUAGAAAAGAACGCAAUAACUAAAUGCACUGAAUAAGACUCAUAUUCCUUUCAAUCUUUUACCCGGGUUUUAGCAGAGAUUCGGAGAAUAAUAUUUAUCACCAGUCAGGAGGAUACAGAGGCUCAAGAGGGUAUGCUAAGUAACCAGUCAAAUAUACAUAUUUUUUAGAUAUAUGAAGCGUAAUGAUUAUAGAUGGCAGGAAAAAGCUGUUUCGGGUUUUAAGAACAAAUGUAAAAUCUCCAACUCCCGGGCGAGGGACAUAAACACCCCCCCCCUUUGCCAUUCCAAAUAAAAUGUAAUCGUUUUUGCUUAUAUCAUCAAAAAAAAAAAAAAAACAGGUAGCUAGGUGUAGACAAGACCAUAAGCAAAUAGGCAAACUGGGAUAUGUUUUUUACAUGUUCUUAUUUUACUACUUCUGUUAGCAAACAGAACAGAACUAACAGUGGUGUAAAGUACUUAAGUAAAAAUACUUUAAAGUACUACUUAAGUUGUUUUUUGGUGUAUCUGUACUUUACUAAUGAUAUUUUUGACUACAUUCGUUAAGAAAAUAUUGUACUUUUUACUUCAUACAUUUUCCUUGACAUCCAAAAGUACUUGUUACAUUUUGAAUUCUUAGCAGGACAGAAAAAUGGUCCAAUUCACUGCCUCUGAUCUGGCGGAUUAACUAAACACACAUGCUUCGUUUGUAAAUUAUGUUUAAGUGUUGGAACGUGCCCCUGGAUAUUCAUAAAUUAAUUAAAAACUAGAAAAUUUGCUUUACUUAAUAUAAGGAAUUUGAAAUGAUUUAUACUUUUUCUUUUACUUUAUUUUAGCAAUUACAUUUACUUUUGAUAACUAAGUAUAUUUUAAACCAAAUACUUUGAUUUUUACUCAAGUAGAAUUUUACUGUGUGUCUUUUACUUGAGUCAUUUUGUAUUAAGGUAUCAUUACUUUUAGUAACGUAUUGGGUACUUUUUCCACCACGGCAAACAGAAAGGGUGCAUAUUGCUCACGAGUAUAAUUCAUUUGCCCUCCUGGUGACCUGGGUGUAAUUAUGAGAGCCUUCCUUAACCCUUUAGAAGUCCCACCUAGUUGACUGCUUUUAAAAUGGCGGAAGCACUCAAGGGCAAAGUCCAUGCCAAAACAGGUUUUAUCAAUCUAGAGUCCUCUAACUAUGGUAUUAACAGACUGUGCCAAAGUGUGAGUCAUGCCAUAGUACUGAAGUGUAAGGUCUUCUCCCUCCUGAUUACUUUAAUUACCUGACUUAAACCCUCUUGCUCUUUGAGGAGCAUAUGAUAUCCUCCCACUCUACUACUCUGGACAAAGUUAUCACUGUUCAAUGUUUACGUGGCAAACCUGUCCAUCAUGGGGUUUGCCAAAUUAAUGGGGCGGCAGGUAGCCUAGUGGUUAGAGUCUAGUGUUUAGAGCGUCGGACCAGUAACUGAAAGGUUGCUAGAUUGAAUCCCGAGGUGGCAAGAUAAAGAAAACUGUCGUUCUGCCCCCGAACAAGGCAGUUAACCCACUGUUCCUAGGCCAUCAUUGUAAAUAAGAAUUUGUUCUUAACUGACUUCCCUAGUUUAAUAAAACAUCAUGGUCUGUUUAUGGCUCCCUAUAUAGUGCACUGCUUUUGUAUAGGAAAUACUGUGCUAUUUGGGACAAACAUCUUUUCAUCUAGCUGCUGCUCUUCCAACCAAUCAAAGACUUACUUCCUUUGAAAUGAAAUGUAGGUUUACCUAUAAUAUGCUUUCCUAUUUUUGCACUCUUCAUGAAAAACAUUUUGAUUGAUGAAUUUCAUUAACUUGCUGUCUUUUUUUAUACAAAGAACUGUAAUGAUCUGUUUGUAUUGCAUAAUCAUGGACACCUACCAGAGCAUGAUGUCCUGCCAAUGUAAUAAUGAUAAAGCCAGGCAGGUCACCCAUGAUACAAGUAUUCAACGUGAUAUAGAUGAAUGUAUUCUCUUCAUGAUGAAUUCAAGCAGUCAUACUUUUUGUAUUAUUUUGCAUGAAUGUUAGUGAGACUGUGUGAUAUCUCGUUACAUGCUGCCAUUAUACUAUUUACUAAUAUAUAUUUGCUGUUAUACUAUAUAUACACUAUUUGACCACAAGGUGGAACCAGAGACCUGAAUAAUGAUUGUCUAUAGAAAUCUAGUACUGUUUUGUCCCUAAUGUCAAGUUCAGUUUUCUACAGUUAUAUUAUGAAAAUGUAUUUUUUGUAUUAUUAAAAUGUAAUGGUUAAGAUUAUG